AUGUUCUCUUUUUUCACGUCUCUCGGAUUGGCCCCGCAGGCGACCCAGGGCACCUCCAGCGACCCAGGGCACCUCCCAGGCACCUCCAGCGACCCAGGGCACCAUCCAGGCACCUCCAGCGACCCAGGGCACCUCCCAGGGUACCCCCCAGGCACCUCCCAGGCACCUCCAGCGACCCAGGGCACCUCCAGCGACCCAGGCACCUCCCAGGCACCUCCCAGGCACCUCCAGCGACCCAGGGCACCACCCAGGUACCUCCAGCGACCCAGGGCACCUCCCAGGGUACCCCCCAGGCACCUCCCAGGCACCUCCAGCGACCCAGGGCACCUCCCAGGCACAGCAGGCGGACCAGACGCCGUCAACAUCCAGGAUGUCGUCGAUCUCCUCUACACCAUUCGCCACCCCGAUGACGACGACUCCGGCAGCAAGGAGGCGCUUGUCGAGACCGAGCUCCGCCAGCUCCGCGAGGAGAACCGGCGACUGAGGGAGGAGAACCGGCGACUGAGGGAGGAGAACCGGCGACUGAGGGAGGAGAACCGGCAGGCAAUGGAGAACCGGCGACUGAGGGAGGCGAACCGGCGACUGAGGGAGGCGAACCGGCGACUGAGGGAGGAGAACCGGCAGGCAAUAGAGGAGGUUCGACAGGCUAAGGAGGACAUUAGGCAGGUGAAGGAGAACAGGCAACUGAAGGCUUCCACCUCGGCAGCUUCCACCUCGACAGCUCCCACCUCGGCAGCUUCCACCUCGGCAUCUUCCACCUCGGCAUCUUCCACUUCAACUGCACCAGUGACGGCAGGGACGGCAGUAACUUUAGGGACUUUAGCGACAGCGACGGUUCCAACUAAUCAGGCUGCCAACAAUAGGCGAUAUCAGCGACACAGGCAGAGGACGGUAGCCAUGAUUCGUCAGCAACAACAGCAACAGCGUCAACAGCAAAGACGGAUGGAACAGCAGAGGCAGGCUCGCGACCAGCAGCAACAGCAGCAGCAGCAGCAACAACAACAACCCAACCAGGCUCUGCUGCGUGUUUUAGAUGAGGCACAAAGGACUUCGAGAAGGGGACGCGUCCGCAAGCCUGCUGGUGCUCUUCAGAUGACCCUGGGAGGAGGCAUCACCAAACUAAGUGACAAGGUUGUGUCAAGCCUCAGUCGCCAUCAGUCUCAGUCGCCACCUGCCUCGGUCGCCACCAGCCUCAGUCGCCACCUGCCUCAGUCGCCACCUGCCUCAGUCGCCACCAGCCUCAGUCGCCACCAGCCUCAGUCGCCUCCUGCCUCAGUCGCCACCUGCCACCAGCCUCCGUUGCCACCAGCCUCCGUUGCCACCAGCCUCAGUUGUCACCAGCCUCAGUUGCUACUCGCCACCAGCCUCAGUCGCCACCUGCCUCCACCUCCACCUGCCUCAGGUGUGGUUCCGACUGACCAGAACGCAGCCUCACUCACCUUAACAGUUGCCAGGCUCAGUUGCCGUCCAUCCUCAGUUUCCACCAACCUCAGCCUCAUCCUCCAGCCGCCUCACCGUCAACAAUCCAACUGUCACCGACUUCUUCACGCCAUCAGUAAGUAA